AUGGCUCCCAUCUCGCUCAAGCGCCCCUCAACCCCAUCCCAAAACAUAACCCUCGCCGGUGCCUCCGAGGCCCGUAGCCUCGUACGAGAUGCCAUGCGCACCACCCUCGUCGCUCCUCUUGUUUCUCUGCCUUUAGCCAAGCAGAUCUCGCCGGCUGAGCUUCGGUUUGGCCCUGCUUUAGUUGGCUUCAUGGUGGAUGGCAUGGCUUCCAAGAUCCUUUGCUGUGAGGAAGUCGAUAGACGGAGAUGGAGCUAUAUGGCGGACGUGGAGCCGUCUGGGAGUCUUCGGACUGGAUCAUCCCUGAAGGCUGUUGCAAUUCAGAACCCAGUGGCUCCUAUUGAUGAACUGGUCUCUUUCAUAAGAUCUUAUGUAGUGCCUGAGGGCUUUCCAGAUAGUGUCACCCCUUCAUAUGUUCCAUACAUGAUGUGGAGGGCUUUGAAGCACUUUUUUGGUGGAGCAAUGGGUGUUUUCACAACACAAACACUUCUGAGUUCUGUUGGAGUAUCUAGAAACCAGGCAACUUCAGGUGCAGUUGCUAUUAACUGGAUUUUGAAGCUUCGCUUUGCGGGUGAUCUUUUAAUGGAGUUGGGUGCUGGUGUCGAAUUGGCAACUGCAGUUGUACCUCAUCUUUUCUUAACAUUGGCUUGUGCAGCCAACGUGGCAGAGAAUGUUGCUGCGGUGACAUCAACAUCAACACACACUCCUAUUUACAAGGCCUUUGCUAGAGGGGAGAACAUUGGUGAUGUCACUGCUAAGGGGGAGUCUGUUGGCAAUAUUGCUGAUCUGGAGAAAUUUGUCAAAGCUCGCCAAGACGUAUUGGCUCGAGAAGGCCAGGGGGUACAAAUUGAUGAUGUUACUCUAUGGUGGGACAUAUUCGGGGUUGCAAAAAAUCGAUGUUAUGCCAUGGGAAACCUUGUUGAGGAGAUAACUUCUGAUUAUUCUCAUUUGCAAUCGCAGCGGUCUACUUUGAGAACUCAACAAUCUAUUUCUUCUAUGUCUCCAGAGGUUAUGAGUAAGUUGGAGUUUUUAGAGAAAGCAUAUGAUGAGCAGAAAAAACAGAACCAGUACAUCAUUUCUCUAUUAGAAUCUCGAGGUAUUCAGGUAAACCUUGAGAUAACUCCUCGUACUUCCCAUGCUCCUGCCAGGACUAGAGAGUCUGCUUCCCAUGGCCCUCACACUUCAGAGGAUGUUGAACAGCCUCAGCCUGUCGAUGAUAUUGCAACAAAAUGAAUGUGGUGUUUUGGAUUAUUACA